AUGGAGGAAUUGAUCGAUGCCUGCCCAGAGGCUGUGAAAGCAGUGACAUGCCAAGGAGAGACCGUUGCUCAUUUGGCUGUAAGAUCAAAUCAUUUUGAGGUAGUUGAGUUCUUGGUGGAGAAGCUAGGCGGUGAUGACGAGCUACUUAACUCCAAAGAUGAAAAAGGAAACACCAUUCUGCACCUCGCUGUUGCUAGAAAACAACUUCAGAUUUUGAAGUUCUUACUAAGUAAGCCUGCAACCCAAGUGAACUCUAUCAACUUGAAGGGAUUCACUCCACUUGAUGUGUUGUUGGAGUCGCCAAGUGAGCAUGGAGACCUCGUUCUGGGGGAGAUGAUUCGAGUUGCAGGCGACGGGGAGUUGGCCGCAAUAACUCCAAAGAAAAUUGGAAGUAAGAUUCAUGACAUUCGCAGUCCCAUCCUCAAUUAG